AUGAAAUGUUUCCUCCAUGAUACCUACUUGCAUAACUUGGGCGUCUCGCUCCAAUAUCGCUUCGAUCACCAAGGCGCAUCUCGUGACCUCAACAGGGCUAUCAGCCUCUGUCAUGAGCCACUGACAGUUCACCCACCUGGGCAUCAACUUCGUGACAUCACGCUUUACACCAUUGCCCUCGCACUCAAAACCAGAUUUGUUAAAUUGCAUUCCAGCGAUGACCUUAAUGAAGCCAUUGGUCUGUACCGCGAAUCAAAGCAACACGAUGAUCCAGAGCGCCAUAAAUAUCUUUUCAGUUUGAGCUCGGCACUCCGCUCUCGUUUCAUGCAAACUCAGAAGGAUGAAGAUGUCGAAUAUCUCAGCUACAUGUGGCUGAAGGAGGCCUAUCUAUCUCGUUACGAGGUACAACAUAACCCAGCUUAUUUGUCACUUGCAGUGGAAAACUUUAGACUGGUAUCAAGACACCCCACUCAAGGCUUUCUGGCAAACCGCAUCAUUCAGGCAUAUAAUUGGACUGUUACAGCGGAGUGGCACAGUCAUACAUCUGCACUGGAGGCCUACACGACAUUUUUCGAGCUUCUUGAUGGUCGUUUGGCAACACGAUCAUCUACUAUUUCACGGCGCGAACUUGAAGCUACUGUUACCUUUUAUGAUUCCAGAACACUCCCUGUAGAUGCAGCAUCAUCCGCUUUACACCGUCAUAAUUUAGUAAAGGUCGUCAAACUGGUGGAGCAGGGCCGUGGCCAGCGGUGGUCGCUGGCCUCUCGGCUUAGGACUCCAGUUGAAGACCCCAAACCAGCAAACCCGAAACUGGCUCACAGAUUUUCGAUGCUGGGCAAGCGCAUUUCUGAUGUCGCUCAAGGUUGUACAGUCAUCACCGACAGAGCUGCUGUUAACCUAGCAGCAAGAAAGUACAGGAGACUCUUGAUGCAAUGGGAAGCUGCGGUAGCUGAAAUCCGUACUGUUGAAGGUUUCUUGCUCCCACCGUCGUAUGAAGACUUGCGAGCAGCAGCAGCAUGGCUCAGUCAUCAUCCUUAUCGCAAUGAAGCCCCGCUCUCGAAUCUGGCUGUGUCCAACUGCAGCCUUUAUGUGCAUCCCUCUCGGAUGAAGGCAGAUGGAUGUGAGCGGGGGCUAUGCCUGGAGGAUAUUUACGUUUGCUCUUAUACUCCGACACUUUCGGCUCUCAUCAGGUCUCGGCAGACGAUGGAGACACAUGCGCAGGGCAAGGGACGGCGCUUGCCGCUAUUGACAAUAGAGCUCGCGUUUGUCCAUAAAUUCCUUCCUCCCAACAUCAAGUUUACUCGUCUUUCUGGCGACAAAGCCACACAGGCAGGUGCACUCGAAGCUUUGCGAUGCAACUCCUGGGUGCACCUCGCUUGUCAUGGCAAGCAGGACCAUGAGCAGCCUUACAGUUCGCGGUUCGCCAUGAGAGACAAACCUCUCGCGCUGCUUGCCAUCACGGAAAACAACGCUCCGCACGCUGAAUUCGCAUUCUUAUCGGCUUGUCAUACCGCUGUUGGCGAUGAUGAGAAGACAACCAACGGAGUCAUCCACCCCGCAGCUGGACUGCAGUUUUCCGGGUUCAAGAGCGUCGUCGGCACUCUGUGGGCGGUGGAUGAUGCUGUCGCAAAGCACGUUGUUGAAGCUUUCUACGAGAAUGUGUUCAAGGACUUGAAGGAUCCGGAGGGUGUCUUGGACUGUACGAAGGCGGCCUUGGCACUCAACCAUGCCACGUACGCCAUGAAGAAUAAUGCCCCGCUCGAGCAGAUGCUUGCUUUCAUUCAUAUCGGUGUGUAG